AUGGCCGCAGCCCAUCUGGCCCAGUCGCCCCCGCGCAGUGGUACCCGGCAGCGCCGUGGAGUUGUGACACACCACGCCACAAGCCCGCCGUGCCUGGCGGCACUGCAGUCGGAACCACCCGGCUGCCCAGCCGCUUCCGCCUUCCUGGCUCAAGCCAUCUGGCUGUCAGAGGCGCGCCAGAGGGUGGGGGGUGGGGAGGAGGACGAGCAGGAGGACGAGGAGGCAGGAGGAGGGAGGACAACCAAAGGGGACCCCCCCUGGUUCCAGGCGGGGGGCGUGGACGGGCCGUGGCCCCCCUUUCCCUACUACAUAAAAUUGGGGGUCGUGGACUCCGAGAGGCCGCGACCCCUGUCGUUUCAUCAGGUCCGGCGCCACUGCUGGCGUGGCAGACGGAUGAGUUUCGUCGUGCGCCAGGGGGGAUCCUCACCUCCACCCUCGAGGCCAGGAAGCGUCCAGCGCCCAGGCUAA